AUGGCGACACGGGGUGUGAACGGCGCGGCGAGCGGAACGCUGAACGAGCGCUUCAUCAGAUGCGAGGGCUGCCGCGUAAAUGUCCCCAAGGAGGACAUGCUGGCGCUGGGCAAAUGUACGGUGUGUGGGCGGCCGUACGAGGCCGUAGUGACAGCGGAUGGCAGAGGGAUCGAGGUGGAGACCGUUGCGUUCGACGGCGUGGGGGCAGCAGCGGUAGAGAAGAAACCCACGCGGAAACGCUGGGCGGUGCUCACAUCGAAGCGUGGACGAACCUACUACCAUAACACGGAGACUGGCGAGGAUCGAUGGGAUAAACCCGCAGAUCUGGACGCCGAGGCAGUCGAAGACACCUUUGUGCCAUUCAAGAACGACGCCGUGAAGAAGGCGGUGUUACGGGAGCAGAUGAAGUUUGAGGCGACCAAGAUGGGUGUACCUAUGGAGGUGGUGGCAGCGUCGCAGCAGCAGUUGCAGCAGGAGGCUGAGACUGACGACCCUUUCGCCAAGAUGGUGGGGCGUGGUAGUAAGCAAAAGAGUGAAAACGCACCGGUUCGAACGAGUAGCCCCAAGCAGAAGGCUGCAGUGCCACCAACAGCCCCACUUGACGAGAAUGAAGAGGACGAGGACGAGAACCCAGCGCAGCAUCAGGCACAGGACACGGCGAAGGCUGGCGGAUCAUGCGUAGUCAUGUGA